CAUAUAUACCCUAAUUCAUUUUUCACUGUGGCUUGAAGAAGUAUCUCUCCUUCUUCCACCAGCUGGUCCUGCCCUUUUCCUCUUCUUCUCAUAGGUUGUGAACCAAAACGAACAGCAAGAUGUCGGACAAAAAGAUGUCAUCCAGCCGUAAGCACCAUCUGAAGAGCUUGGUGCUGUCGGUGGCUGCAGGGCUUCUGGAGGAAGAGGCUAAGCAGCUGGUGGUGGACAGAGCUAACUUCAUGGCUGAAGCAGUUCCUCCUCUGGCAAUCCCCUCAGGCCAAGCAGAGAUCAUGGAGUACUGCAAAAAACUGGGUCAGUUGAGUGAGAAGAGUGAUGAGGAGAGGUAUGAUGCAGAGGCCAAAGUAACAAAGGCACAGAAAGAGAUUGAGGAUCUGAAGUUCAAAGUGAUGGAACUGCAGCCAGUGAAGAAACCAGCUCUGAAGAAGGUCCGUUUGUCCGCUGACGCCAUGCUCCAGGCUCUGCUGGGCUCCAAGCACAAGGUGACCAUGGAUCUGAGGUCCAACCUCAAACAAGUGAAGAAGGAGGUCAAGGCAGAGACCACAGAACAAGUUGGUGACUGGCGUAAGAACAUUGACGACAAGGCUGACAGGAAGAAGAUGUUUGAGACAUCCUAAACGCAGCACGGCUCUCUACACCCCCACCACCUUUCUGUGUAAAUAAAUCAUGACAGUUUUCCCUCCAGAGUUGUCGUAUUUUGUCGAGUCCAACAGGGUGUGGCAGCAGGGGCAUCGUGUUGGCAUGAUCGUACAACGGUUCGUUGUUAGGUGCUCAAUCUGCACUGCUUCUCUAACCUUCGCUCUUUGACUUUCUCCAUAUUGUUCUACAACUUUAGUUUAGUUUUCAGGGAACUUCUUCACAUAAACAUUUAAUAAAAUGUGGAAGAAGAAUACCAUUGUCUUGAGAUUCAUGCCUGUGCUUUUAGACAGAGUAAGUGAAGGACGAAACCACUCACCCACCAACAAAACUGAUUCAGACACAUCUACAGAUCUUGACUACAUUAUUACUCGCAUUUUGGUUGAAAUUAGUAUCAUUGUUUACCUUUUCUUAAAUAAAAAUGAUUUACCACA